AUGGAUUUUCUGUCUUUGCUGGAGAGCGACACAGAGGUUGCAGUGAGCGACGAGACGGCUUUGCAGCAACAGGAGUCCGACAAAUUAGUUGCAGUGCAGAAUUUCCCGCGAACCACCAGCCAGGGUGACUUUCAACGUCGUGCAGUUUUUCCUUCUUUGAAGGGGCGAGUGGGCAAGGGCAGACAUGGUCUGUAUGCUGAACGAGCACUGCUUGCCUGUCACAUGCGUUCCAUCAAAUUUGCCAGACGAGUGGAAAAUUUUUCGGAAUCGGUGGCUGAGCUGUUGAGGGACAGCCAUUUCAUUCACGAGUCUCGUGUCCUUCAGCUUCGCAUUGAUCGCUCCAGCAAGGCCGUUGGUAUUGCCCUGCAGGUGAUGAGGCCUAGUCAAAGGGGCAAUCGCUACAAACGAAAGCUGGCGUGGCAUUCUUUCUUGGAAGCUUCAUAUGGCCGGAUAUGUCGCAACAGUGCAUUGGCUCAGCAUCUGGAUGUUGCACGGUCCACAGUAAAACACAUGCAAGUCAUGACGAGCUCAGCGUUCAUGAACAAUCAAGCAUUGUUCGUAGCGAAGCUCGUGUCUUGGUGCAGCGAGAAGCCGCCAUCGUUGUGUUUGAAGCAUUUCAAAUGGGACGAAACGCAAUUGUUGUGUACAAUGAAUGCAGACAAAUCCUCGCAGCGAGUGCGGAGCAGCUGGCAGGUCUUAGUCCUUCGUGUACGGCUGGUGCUUGCCUGGGAGGACGGGUCCUCUGUAGUCAUUCGUUUGGUUUUGCCACCGGUGAGCCUGUUAGCGACUGGAGCAGAGCAUCAAUACUACAGUUUGUUCCAUCACCCAGCAUACAAAUGCAUCAAUGGGCUGGUGGGCCUCUUAAGGCAACAUGCUCACGAGAACAUGGACUUGGCAGAGACAGAUGGCGCAAGCAGCAACAUGCGACUGCUGGCUCACUUGGUUCAGCAGGCGAAAAGCAAUGUGGCAGGACGGGGUGGGCAUCCGCUGUUGUUCACACACUGCAGGUGCAUGAACCAUGCUGUCCAGCUCAACAAUGCUUCACUUCUGGCGAUCAUCAGCCCCACGUUGUUGAACAGAAUCUACGGAAUGACCGUGUUUGUUCGCAACCUGGGGUACUGGAUGCGCAUUCGGCAAGCAGUGCAAGUUUGGGUUGAUCGAACUUUGCGAUUUCGCACAGAUGUCAUGGCGUCAAACCCUUCGGAGCACGUGCAGCCACAUGCAGCAAUUUGUGAGCUCAUCGACUACCUUCGCAUGUGGAAGAAGCUUGACCGGCAUAGUUCGAAAGUCGAAAAUUAUGUGCCGGAGCCGGCUGACGACGAUAGCGAGUCUGCUUUUGAUCGUAAGGCCAGAGCUUUCUUAGACAUGUGGAACGGCGAUGAUGUGUCAGGUGAGCCUUGCCAUAUCUGCUCCAGCGAAUCCCUGCCUCUUGCCCAAAGGCAUUGUGCUGACAGGGCCACUGCUGUGAGAAAAUGCUCGGACGCACUACUCGACCUCUUUCUUGCAGCACUACCAUCCGUACCGACUCCCAGCAAAUGGACAAAGCUUUUCUCCCCUCUAGACUUUUGUCUGGCGGGGGCUGUGGUGCACAAUUGGUUGGAGCAUGUCUUUCAAGAUGCAUUUGGCGAAAUGGUCUUCAAAGAGUAUGACGAGGAUGUAGACAAUGUUGACCCUCGGCUAGUUGAAACCCUAUCCUUCCAUGUUGUCAAUGGCCGCCGUCUUCAAACAUCCAUGUCGUUCUUGCAGAACAGGCACGAGAAAUGGGCCCUGAGCCUGUUGACGGUUGCAAUAGAGCCAAACCGUGUGCUUACAUGGUACUGGCUGAAAUGUUUGGGCCAGAGCUUGAGUCCAGGCAAGCGACCGCCGUUGUAUUGCCUGCUGGACCCCCGCAGCAGUGUGUUGACGAGCAUGUUGCAACACUACAGCCUGCUGCUGUCCUCAGAAACUGGAGCUGGGCGAAUGCGAUUGUUGUGGUCGACCUGGGGGUAUGACACCUUUGCUCGCUUCUGCCUUUGCGAGCCACAUCUGGUUCGUGAAAUCAGGAGAGUGUUGCUCCAUGCAUCGGCUUGGCAAUAUCGUCGUCACUUUGAGUAUCUGCACGGAGAUGCUUUUCUAGUGGCUGUCGUUGGUGAUGAGCAAGCUUGCCCCGAGGUAUUGUCUUCAUUUCUGGCGUCGUGGAGAAGAAAGCGUGCCUGUUGUGUAACUCCAGGCCUGGCACGAGCCUUGAAGGCCCGAGAAGUGACUGCAGAGGACCUGCUCAGCAAGCAUUGGAAAAGAAUCAUGCAUUUCUAUGCAUCCACUUUGCAGCUGAGUGUUGCUGAUGUGGAGGUCAAGCAUGCCGCUAACCGGCAGAAUGCCGAGAGCGGAUUCAGCACUAUAGCGGCUAAGUUCAUCAACUCGGAUUCUUACCUCAUAGCUCGUCAAGCACGACAGCACACGUGGCCUGCCUCCGCUAAAGAAAAGGUUGCAGACAUCCAGGUACCAGCGGGGGACUUGACAGUGAAGGACAAGACCCGCCGAAGAGCCAAGGGCAAGUCGGCCUUGGAACUGUAUCGUGCUGAGUGGCUGCGACAACAGCAGUUCGGUGGGGCUGUGAACCCGGUGACGAGAGCAGUGUGGGAUCAGGUUCGCGAUGCUUGGAGAGAGCUGCCAGCUGAGCAGAAGCAAAUCUAUGAGGCGAUGGCCCAGGCCACCAAACAAGAUGCCAAAUUGCAAAGAGCACAGCACCAAGUCAUUGCCCAGCCUGCCAUUUCUGACUCGCAAGAUGUUCGUGCCCUGCACGGGCAGCCCUUUGCGCCGAAGCUUCUGAACGCGAUGCCUUUGCAACGGCUCCUCGAAACAAGAGAUCUGAAAGCAUUGGUCUCACCGUAUUCGGGUGGCGAGCCUGCGAGAAGCAAAUUUCAGUUAGCCAAGCAUGACUAUCCUGUCUCGGAAGAGAUCUGGAAAGCAUAG